UUCCUUUGUGACAUAAAAAAGGAGUGUCAGAAAGGGCAGCGUCUUAGGCCAUGUUUCCCGAAAUGUGCUUUCUGCAAGACGAUGCCAUUAACAAUAGAAUGUAUUGGAAACUAGAAAUUCAAUCAAUGUAGCUGUUACAUGAUCCCGCCCUCGGUUGAUAAAAACCUGGUCCAUACGUCAUACCCUCUACCAAAAAAGAGGGGGAAGUCCGGAAUAAAACUGCCAUGAAUCUGAGUAUUAAAAUCUAACAAGACAAUUCUUCGUCUGAUUUAGUGAACACUGUUCGACAUGGAUCGGAAUCAGAUAACCAUUGUCUUCUUAGUGAUUCUUUCGAUUCGGUUCAGCAUCUGUGUCAUAACAGAUGUGCAACUUGUUGGCGGUCCAGAUUCUAAUAAAGGGACAAUUGAGAUCAAGAUAGACAACGGGACGUGGGAGACAAUAUGUGGGACCAAUACUGAUACCUUCGAUGUCGUAGUAAUUUGCAAACAUUUGGGAUUCAAAGGAGCAAAUAGAGCAAUACCAGAGACGCCUUAUGGACAGAAUUCAACUCCCAAACAUGGGUUAUUUUGUGAUGAAAAUGAUCCUAGCCUGUCUGAGUGUUCGCUCGUACAAUCAUUUGGAUGUUCGUCAGCAGGAGCAGCUUCUUGUCACGGUGAUGGAUAUCUUGGAUGCUUUGUGGAUAUGAGGAAUGACUCGGCGUUGUCUGGCGAAAGUUUGACAAAUAGUCCAUCGAUUACCAUUUCAUAUUGCAUCCAGUUUUGUAAUACAUCUAUCACAGCUAAUUAUACUUAUGCUGGUGUUGAAAAUGGAAAUGAAUGCUACUGUGGUGAAGGCAGUGAUAACUAUACUAGACAUGGACUGGGAUCAGAUGUGAACUGCCAAUUCCCAUGCCAAGGAGACCCUACCGAGAGCUGUGGUGGAGUGGGAUACAUAGCUGUCUUUACAAUCCACACAGAGACUAGAGAAACCACACCUACUAUUGGAUCAACAUGGUCCAAUGAGGAGAUACAAGAAAAAGGCCCCCACACGGAAGUGAUGACCUAUCAACCAAGUUCUGAAAUGACCAGUGGUCAUAGUCCAAGGGACGAUCUGACUGCAUCACCACUGACCACAACCUUCUCCUCAACACCCCAGCAAUAUUGUAACAGCUCUUAUUUUGGUGCUGUAGUUGGUGAAGGUGUUGUCAUCAUUAUCCUUAGUGUCCUUCUCAUCGUCUCGGUAAUAUAUAUCAUCCAUAUCCGAAAGAUGAUGAAAGACCUAAAGAAGGACCAGAAGAUGCAACACGUAGAUUUGGUCCAGUCUUCAAAUUCGCCUGAAAAAGACACAGGCUUUUAUCAUGAUAUUGAGGAUGUCAGAAAAUCGGAUCCAGCUACAACAUCCGAUGGAGAUAUUCACUACUCCUCUCAGAUAUACGAUCAGAAACGUUGAAAAUGUAUCGGAUCCUGACGACACCACUCACCACAUCACCCUUACAUGAUCUAAGGGAGGAAUAUAAAUGGAAUCUGACUUCAGAUCAUUAGAGAGUUUUCGCAAUCACGAGGCGGCCGCUCUAUACAGCGCACCGACUCCUUUCAAAAUGCAAGUCAAAUCACAAUAGCGAGCUGAGAAGCUUUUGUCAUGUUUGUCGAAAGUUGAUGGACCGGGACAGCAGACCAUGCGAAGACUUGCACCUGACGAACAAUUGGAAAUAUAUCGUUAUCCAGAAUCAUGAGACGACGCUUCUUAUCUUGGUCCAUCAACUUUCGACGAAAGCAUAUGAGCUCUCCAUUGUGAUUUGAUUUGCAUUUUUAAAUGGAAUUGGUGCGUUGUUGAAAGUAAUCGCUUAGUGGAAGGAGAACCUCUCUAUUGCAACUUAUGAGGGCCAUAACUGUAUCCUAUAACCGAAUUGCUCUUCAUAUAUACCAGUUUAUACCAUGUAUACUGUACAUUUCUGUUGUGAAAGUGGAGACAAGAUAUGUUUUAUGCAUAUCAGGGAAAGGCUAUUCUAGUUAUCUAAAUACUAAGUUUAAUUAAAUAAGUAUUUUACCCUUGCAAUCUUGGCCAAAUAAAGCAUGGGAAUGCGUUGGACAAAGGUGUUCUUGCGUAUACCAUGUGAAAAGAUGAUUAGAUCCUGAUGUCCGAAAUUAGAUUAUGCUUAUCUUCAGUAGCUAUGAAUGAUUAGUAAAAUGAACUGUUGUUUGAUAAUAAUAAUGUUUAUUUUCCUUGUUCUACUCUAUAAACUGUGAUGUUUUUAAAGUUACUUUGAUUUAAUGGUUAAUACAUGUAACUUCAUGAUUUGUCAUUAUGA